UUACAUUCUUGUUGUGGAAAAGGGAGGACCGGAAGUGUCGCUCUGGAGAGUGGAACACAGUGCGGAAUCAUGAUUUGAGGACUACUGUGUCAACAUAGCGGGUGAGAUAACAGUACGGAUGAACAGCGAGUAGUAGUAAAUUCAGGUGUACUGUAGAUCAUACAAGAAUAGUGGACCUGUUGUCCGCCGGGCGAUGAAAAGUAACGUUACACCGAAAAGGAAAAGAUCCCGGAUUUGUGAAGAGCCAUCAGAACGGAUCGAAAGCAGCCAUUAAAAAUCUGUAAAUAUGAAUGCUGUUGAUCAUGAUUCAUCCGUGGCUGGGCUUGUCUCUCUCGCCUCUUCUGCCUCAGGUCAAGCGGCAGGAAAAUGAGUGUCGCCCGGAUCUCUGGAGCGGGGCUUUCUGAACGGCCUUGAUAUGAAAUCUCUGAUGCUCCGCUGGCUUUGCCUGCUUAGCCUGAGCCUUCCUCUGCUGUUUUGGUUUGCACAUGUGAUCAGACGGGACGGUCAGCCGCCGGCUGCGCACCGCACCGGCCUAAAGGGCUACAUGAGGAUCACCCCCGGCAGGACGGACCAGUUCCGUCCUUUGUCUCAGCAGUUCCUGGACAUGCACUGCAGCCAGUGUGCCUUGGUCUCCAGCUCGGGUCAGAUGCUCGGAGCAGGCGCCGGAGAGGAGAUAGACAAGAUCGAGUGCGUGAUCCGGAUGAACAACGCACCCACAGCGGGCUACGAGAGGGACGUGGGGGUCCGCACCAGCGUGCGGGUCGUGUCGCACACCAGCGUUCCCCUGUUGGUGAAAAACGAGCUCCACUAUUUCCAGCAAUCGGCAGACACCACAUAUGUGUUCUGGGGUCCCGAAAGGAACAUGAGGCAAGACGGGAAAGGACGGAUCUUCAAUGCUCUCCUGAGAAUAGCAAAAAGGUAUCCAAAAGUCCGGAUGUACGCUGUGACCAGAGAGAAGAUUCAGUUCUGUGAUGGCGUGUUUCAGAAUGAAACAGGAAAAAACAGAAUGAAGACGGGGGCGUUUCUCAGCACUGGAUUCUUCACGAUGAUUCUGGCUAUUGACAUGUGUGACAGCAUCCAUGUUUAUGGGAUGAUUGAUGACAACUACUGCAGUCGGGCCAAUCACAGCGUUGUUCCUUACCAUUACUAUGAGAGGAACCGAAUCGAUGAGUGCAGGAUGUACAGGGUCCACGAGAACACGCGGCGCGGCGGUCACCGCUUCAUCACUGAGAAGGCCAUCUAUGCGAAAUGGGCGACGCGGCACAAGAUGGACUUUAAACACCCGUCUUGGAGCCUGUGAAGGAGGAGGGGAAGAGCACAGUUGUAUUUACCUUUUCUGGCUUUUUCAGUGUUACCUGAGCAGGAAGUUGCUCAAGCAUUUGAAACUGUCUCAAAUAGUUCUGCAGUCAUAAAUAUAAAAUAAUGUCAUUUGUUUCUAUGCUUAAGAUGUACCAGCAUUGAAGUGGUAACAGAUGGCGAAGCACCACUCUCAGUAUUAGCGAAUGUGUCUGUUACGUACAGCCAUAUAUCAGUGUAGAUACUGACAAAGAGUAUUAAGCCACUGAACUAGACACUAAAACCGGUUUAUACCAAAGCUUCCAUUUUAUAAUUUCUUUUCUAUGUGCCUUGACUUUCUGUCUUACUCUGCACAAUGUUUUAUUUCAUGCUGCAAUCUGACCUGCAGACACAAUAUGCACCUUUACUCAAUGAACCAGGAAGUGUGUCAUUUACAGCUACGACUAACAAAUCUGGCUCUUAUUUUCUCGACUACCUGAUUAAUUGUUUGGUCCACAAAUCGUGAAAAAAAAUCUGUUCCGUUUUCAGUCGUAAACGACAAAGAAAACCAGCGAG